AUGCCCUUCACCACCACCGUCGAAGGCCCUGCACGCCCCUCGCCCCCCACUUCCAAGCCCAAAACCACAACCGAUUCACCGACACCAGAAACCAAACCCGUCUACUUCUUCCGCCCCACCCAAGGCAACGGCUACCUCUCCCAAUGGUACUGGUCGCCCUUCACCACCCCCACGUCCCCGCACCUCUACGCCACUGCCGAGAUGUACAUGAUGGUUCAAAAAGCGCUCCUCUUCUCCGACCCCACUACCGCCUCUGCAAUGCUCGAGACCACCGAUCCUGCACGGCACAAAGCGCUGGGCCGCCAAGUCGCCAACUUUGACGAGAAGAUCUGGGACGCGAAUAAAGAGCGCAUUGUCGAGGAGGCGAAUUGGUGGAAGUUUACGCGGACUGAAGAUGCGGAGGAGUUGUGCAGGAUGUUGUUGGAGACUGGGGAGAGGGAGAUUGUCGAGGCGAGUCCGUUCGAUAGGGUUUGGGGGGUGGGGUUUAAGGAGGGCGUGGCGGGGAGGAACAGGCAGCGGUGGGGGAGGAAUUUGUUGGGGAGGGCGUUGGAGAGGAUUAGGGGGAGGCUGAGGGAGGAGGGGGGGAAGAAAGAGGGAGAGUAA